GCAGCUGCUUCUCAUCUUUCUUCCUUGUUCCGCUUCUCCCUCCCUGCCUCACAGAGUCACACCAAUGCCGCCUCCCUCCAAAGUGCCCCCUGUUCUGCUCCCGCUUUGACCCUCUUAAAAAUCUCAAUAACUCCGGAUACCCCACCACCUAAUUCCAUUCGCCGUCUACUCUUCUGAAUCCUUGGGUUGAUUCCGGGAGAACAGAGCUAGCUGCUGCUGCUGAUAAGAUACCGGAGUAGGAGUAGGAGUAGGAGUGGUUUGCUGCUUUCUCUCUGUUUCUUGUGGUGCAGAGGGCAGGGAGGACGGUGGAGGAGAGGUCGGGCUGUGGAAUGAAGAGCCCGCCUCCCGUGGAUCCUGAGUCGCCGGCGCCGCCGGGGAGUUCUCCCGAGUGCAAGGGAGGGGGAGGGAGGCAGGGGAGCAGGAGGCUGCCAUGGCGGAUGACGCUGAGCCUGGCGUACCAGAGCCUCGGCGUGGUGUACGGGGACCUGAGCACCUCGCCGCUGUACGUGUACAAGGCGGCGUUCGCGGAGGACAUCCAGCACUCGGAGACCAACGAGGAGAUCCUCGGCGUGCUCUCCUUCGUCUUCUGGACGCUCACCCUCGUGCCGCUCCUCAAGUACGUCUGCGUCGUCCUCCGCGCCGACGACAACGGCGAGGGCGGCACCUUCGCGCUCUACUCCCUCCUCUGCCGCCACGCGCGCGCCGCCCUCCUCCCGCCUGGCCGCGCCGCCGAGCCGGCCGACGACGACGACCAGUUCCUCCACACGAGCGCCGCCAAGAAAGCCGCGGCGAACGGCAAUGCGGCGGCUCUGAGCGGGCGCGGCGGUGGCGCCGCCGCCGCCAGCGUGAGGAGGCUGCUGGAGCGGCACAAGGUGCUGCAGCGCGUGCUCCUCGUGCUGGCGCUGGUGGGCACGUGCAUGGUGAUCGGCGACGGCGUGCUCACGCCGGCCAUCUCCGUGUUCUCGGCGGUAUCCGGCCUGGAAUUGUCCAUGGAAAAGCAUCAGCACAAAUAUGUGGAGGUUCCUAUUGCUUGUAUAGUGCUGGUUUGCCUCUUUGCCUUGCAACACUAUGGUACACACCGGGUGGGCUUCCUUUUUGCACCAAUUGUGAUUGCAUGGCUUCUAUGUAUAAGCAUGAUUGGCGUUUACAAUAUCGUGCACUGGGAGCCCCACGUCUAUCGCGCAUUAUCUCCGUAUUACAUGUACAAGUUCUUGAGAAAGACACAGAGAGGAGGCUGGAUGUCCCUGGGAGGAAUAUUGUUAUGUAUCACUGGCUCUGAAGCAAUGUUCGCAGAUCUGGGGCACUUCAAUCAGUUGUCGAUACAGAUUGCUUUUACUUGCAUGGUUUAUCCAUCGUUGAUCCUUGCAUACAUGGGCCAAGCUGCUUAUCUGUGCAAGCAUCAUAUCAUUGAGAGUGACUACAGGAUCGGCUUCUACGUGUCUGUGCCUGAGAAAAUUAGGUGGCCUGUUCUGGCGAUUGCCAUCCUUGCUGCAGUUGUCGGGAGCCAAGCUGUUAUCACCGGUACAUUCUCAAUGAUCAAGCAAUGCACUGCCCUGGGAUGCUUUCCUCGGGUGAAGAUAAUUCAUACAUCUGACAAAGUGCACGGGCAAAUAUAUAUCCCCGAGAUCAACUGGAUCCUGAUGAUACUGUGCUUAGCUAUAACCAUUGGUUUCAGAGACACAAAACACUUGGGCAAUGCGUCAGGACUGGCGGUUAUAACCGUUAUGCUGGUCACAACAUGUCUGAUGUCCCUGGUGAUAGUCUUGUGUUGGCACAAGAGCAUCUUCCUCGCAUUCGGCUUCAUCAUCUUCUUCGGCACCAUUGAGGCACUCUAUUUCUCAGCCUCGCUCAUCAAGUUUAGGGAGGGAGCCUGGGUCCCCAUUGUCCUGUCCUUCAUCUUCAUGGCCAUAAUGUGCAUCUGGCACUAUGGCACCAUCAAGAAGUAUGAGUUUGAUCUUCAGAACAAGGUUUCCAUCAACUGGCUCCUUGGUCUCAGCCCCAACCUUGGCAUCGUCCGAGUCCGUGGCAUCGGCCUCAUUCACACCGAGCUCGACUCCGGGAUCCCGGCAAUUUUCUCGCAUUUUGUCACCAAUCUACCUGCAUUUCAUCAGGUGCUCAUCUUCCUGUGCAUCAAGAACGUCCCGAUCCCGCAUGUCUCGCCGGAGGAGCGGUUCCUCGUCGGAAGAAUUGGCCCCAAGGAGUACAGGAUCUACCGGUGCAUCGUCAGGUACGGGUACCACGACGUGCACAAGGACGACCAGGAGUUCGAGAAGGAGCUCGUCUGCAGCGUCGCGGAGUUCAUCCGCUCGGGCGCCGCGGCGGCCUCUCCCAAGCCCAAGAACGGCGCCAUCUCGGGGGAGUCGGAGAGGGAGGAGGAGCGGAUGUCCGUCAUCCCCUCCGGCACCAUCCGGAUGAUGGAGGAGGACGGCGCGACGGCGGAGGACACCAUCGCCGUCGGCGGCGGCAGCUCGCGCGGCGGCGCGGCGGCCAGGGAGAUACUGUCUCCGGCGCCGUCGCCGUCGCCGCCGGUGGUGGUGCCGAGGAAGAGGGUCCGGUUCGUGCUGCCGGCGGCGAGCCCGCGGCCGGAGCCCGGCGUGCGGGAGGAGCUGCAGGAGCUGAUGGACGCCCGCGAGGCCGGCAUGGCGUUCAUCCUCGGCCACUCCUACGUGAAGGCCAAGAGCGGCUCGAGCUUCUUCCGGCGGCUGGUGAUCAACUUCUGCUACGACUUCCUCCGCCGCAACAGCCGCGGCCCCAACUACGCCGUCACCAUCCCGCACGCCUCCACCCUCGAGGUCGGCAUGAUAUACUAUGUUUAGAAGAACAACCAUAGGAGGAAGAAAGAAAGAAAGAAAAUAACUACACCGAGAGAGAGAAAAAAAGAGAGAGAGAAGAGGAAAACGAAACAAAAGUUUCGAUUGUAUAUGCUAGAUUUUGUAAUUGGCGCGAGUUUUUGCUGUAAAUGUAGCCUGAUUUUGAAA